AGCCAAUCGGCUUCCAGCAGUGAGGAAACAGGACAUUUAAUCACCAAACAUCUUCACAUUCUUUUGGUCGCACCUCGCCCGGUUGGAUUACUUAUCGGAUUACCCAUAUAUUUGCUUAAAACCACGCUUUUAAUGCUCCAGGCUCUUCUGAAAUACUCUCAGUUUUUGGUGUGUGUGUUUCUGCAGACACACCCUCUGAAGUGAAGGAGGGGAAACCGAGCAUUUUCUCACUGUUUAUUCCUGUUAUCUGUUUUUCACUCUAUAUUUAACUAUGGCUUUCCCAGGAUACGGAGCACCCCCCGGUGGCAUGGCGCAGGAUCCAAUCUACGGAUAUUUCACAGCUGUAGCUGGACAGGAUGGACAGAUCUCAGCAGACGAGCUGCAGCGCUGCCUCACACAGUCCGGCAUCGCUGGGUCCUACAAACCGUUCUGCCUGGAGACGUGCAGACUGAUGAUCACCAUGCUGGAUAGGGACAUGUCCAACAGUAUGGGCUUUGCUGAGUUCAAGGAGCUGUGGCAGUCGGUGAACGGCUGGAAGAACACGUUCGCCUCGUACGACCGCGACCGCAGUGGAACGGUGGAGGGACACGAGCUGCAGCAGGCCUUCAGCGCCAUGGGUUAUAAUCUGAGCCCUCAGGCAAUGAGCAUCAUCAUGAACCGCUACAGCGUGCAGGGCAGAAUCGGGUUCGACGACUUCAUGAGCUGCUGCAUCAAACUCCGCGCGCUGACCGAUCAGUUCCAGAGGAGAGACACAACCCGGACGGGCAGAGCCGAGUUUCAUUUUGACGAGUUCAUCCAGGUCACCAUGAACAUAUGAAGCGGGGAAACCUCUCAUCAUGUUUCUCUGCAGUUCAUCCAGGUCACCAUGAACAUAUGAAGCGGGGAAACCUCUCAUCAUGUCUCUCUGCAGUUCAUCCAGGUCACCAUGAACAUAUGAAGCGGGGAAACCUCUCAUCAUGUCUCUCUGCAGUUCAUCCAGGUCACCAUGAACAUAUGAAGCGGGGAAACCUCACAUUAACAGCAUGGACUCUUUUUGUUGUAAUAGUUUUAAUCAUUGUAGAAACACGGUUAAAAUGUCACUUUUUCACAUUCAUAACUAACGCAUAUUUUUAUUUGAACUACUAGCAACAAUAAAGUAACCUCAGUCUGUACCAAUGAUGAUAACCCUCUGUGCCUAUGUGUGUGAACAUGUAAGACAUUCAUAAAAACUCUCAUAGAAAUCUGA